AUGCCAACUCUCAGACUUCUUCACAAAUAUCCUUUUAUGCUACCUCCAGAACAAGUAGACAAGGGUGCUAUAAGAUUUGUAUUAAGUGGUGCUAAUAUUAUGUGUCCGGGACUGACUUCACCUGGUGCUAAAAUGACAGAUGCCCCUAAAGAUACAAUUGUUGCAGUAAUGGCUGAAGGAAAACAACAUGCUCUUGCAGUUGGAAUAACUGCUCUAUCAACAGAGGACAUUGCAAAAGUGAAUAAAGGUGUUGGUAUUGAAAAUUGUCAUUAUUUAAAUGAUGGACUUUGGCAAAUGAAAGUUUUUAAAUGA